AUGUUCUCAUCUCGUCAUCCAGAAGACCGCUUCCGUCUACGUGCCCAUCGCGCCCGCAGUAUCGAACUCACAGAACCUGAACUGGUAGAGAUUCGUGCCGCUCAGAGGACAUUCGAAGGAGCCUAUGUUCGGACCUCUCUUUCUCAGUUCUCCUUCGCCCUCAUUAUUCUCAAGAUCUUCACAUCCGAGUUCUACAGCAUAGGAGCGUUGUUCGCGGUAUAUGGAGCAGGAGUUUUACUUGUCAGUGCCUACAGACGACAACAGGGCAACAGACAGUUUUUCAACGAGGUUGGGCAAGGCGGCGAAGAACGGAAGCGCUUUCGUACCAGUGGUAACGUGGUUGUUGUGCUGACCGCACUGAGUAUUGCGGCUUAUGUUACGCUUCUUGUUCUUACAUUGAGAUUGGAGAACAAGUCCUGA